CGUGCGUGUGUCACCAAGCCCCUAGUCCACGUCGCCUCGAAAAAGACGCCUCCUCUUUAUCUCUCUCACCAACUACUUAAUACUUCCCCACUGUGUGUGUGAAACUGUUGGUGGGGGUCUUGUUCAAAAUCAAUAAAGAUUCAAUCUUUACUUCCAUAGAGAGACAAAAACUGAGUAAUCAAUCAGGGGGUUUCGUUUUUUAUCUGAUCUUCGAUGUUUUAUUUGGGGGUUUGCUUCUAAGAAGAAGAUUGGUACAUAAAGUUUGAAACUUUCCGGGAGGGAGAGAGAGAGAGAGAGAGAAAGAAAGAGAGAAAGAGAGAGAGAUGUAUGUUGCAGGUGGUGGUGCUGGUGGGUCCAUGAGAAAGUCGUUUAAAGAUUCACUUAAAAUACUUGAAGCUGAUAUUCAACAUGCCAAUACUCUGGCUUCAGACUUUUCACGAGAAUAUGAUGGAGCCUCUAUUCAGAUGAGAAUGUCCUAUAGCCCAGCUGCACAUUUAUUCCUUUUUCUGGUACAAUGGACCGAUUGUCAUCUUGCUGGUGCUCUUGGAUUAUUGAGAAUCUUAAUCUACAAGGUUUAUGUAGACGGCACCACAACCAUGUCCACCCAUGAAAGAAAAGCAAGUAUUAAAGAAUUCUAUUCUGUAAUUUAUCCCUCUUUAGUGCAACUUGAAAGAGGAGUUACCGAUACAGAAGAUAAAAAGCAAAAAGCGGUAUGCGUAGAAAGGUACAAGAGAAGAGAUGACGAGGAGCAUUGGCAGAGGUCAGAUGUAGACAUUGAAAGGGAAGAAGAAUGUGGAAUUUGCAUGGAGACGAAUUGCAAGAUUGUCUUGCCCAACUGUCACCAUGCUAUGUGCCUAAAAUGCUACCGUGAAUGGCGUACAAGAUCAAAGUCUUGCCCUUUCUGUCGUGACAGUCUGAAGAGAGUGAAUUCUGGAGAUCUCUGGGUAUACAUGGACAGCACGGACAUAGUAGACACAGCCACAUUAACAAGGGAUAAUCUAAGAAGGCUGUUCUUGUAUAUAGAUAAAUUGCCUGUGAUUGUUCCUGAUCACCUUUUUGACACUUACGACUCCCACCUAAGGUAGGCUGUCGAAGAUGCAAGAAGGGGGUACGUCAGCCCUUGCCUUCUUAUACUUUGUCGUGUAUCGGUAAUCUGAGGUUUCCUGAUUCUGGCAUGACCAAGUUAGGCAGAGAUGCUGUUCUGUUCUGUUCCUGUUUGUAAUUAGAGAAACCCAGCCCUAGUUCUUUUUGGCAUGGGGUUGAAGUCUAAAGUAGUUUAACUGUUGCGAUAUAUGAAUCGUAUCUACUAAAUAUGUAUAGGCUUGUAUAGCUCCAAACUCUCUCAUGAAGAAUGUGUUACGUGUUUAUGUCGCCAAGUAAAUCGUAAAUAUAUGGAUCUCGUGAGCUGGUUGGCAACAGACA